CGCCUCCAAAUUUCUAUUUCAUAGUUGUGAUGUGAGCGAUACUCUCACGCCCUGUUUGCGAUGUGUUGAGGUUUGCAUUUUCACGCUCUUUUUGUCAUAUCAUCGGUCACAUAGACUGCUCGUUGGAGUUAUUUUUGAGCUGGCCUAUCGAAAAUGACGCGAGCUCAGGCAAAGAAAGGCGGUCUCAAGAUCAAUGACUUUUUUACCAAGUCACCUAAUAUCGUAGUAGCGGCACCAACAUCAAAGCGGAAACGGGCUGUGAGUGAAGAAAGCGAAGCUUCAGUUGAAGUGCCACCUCGGAAAACUUCACGCGUUACGACCUCCACAUCGAAGGCCCAUCAUGUUCCAAUAGCCUGGGUUCAGUUGCCCACAUACGAUAACACAUUUUUGGCUGCAUACGAGGCGGAGGCUCACGAGCCUGAAAUCGAGGAUGGUAGAAAGAACAGACACACAACAAGACAAGACCGCAAGGCUCCGCAGCGCCAUACACCUGAUCGUGUUGAUCUUUCCGUGCUUUCACUAAAAGAGCCCACUCCUCCUCCUCCUCCUCCUCCUGAAGACGGACAACGCCGCAGCAGAAGAACAAGCCGGAAACAAAUCCGAUAUUCUGAGAUUCUGCUUGGCGAUGACGAUGACGAGGAUGAGAACGAAGAAAAAAUCAUCGCGCCCCGGAAGAUCGCGAAGGCUGAUGCGCAAUGUAGACACGACUCAGACUUUGAAGGCCAUAGCGAGACUGAGGAUGAUGAUGAUGCCCAAUCUUCCGAUGUCAUCUCCGAAGCAGAGUCCACCCCACAAACAUCGGAAGUACCUAGCGAAGAUGAGACAGCAAGCAAGUCAAAGCCGAAGUCAAAGGCAAAACCAAAAUCAGCUUCAGGCGAAUCGAGUACGAGAACAGACAGAUCGACAUCUAGGAUGAAUAACCUGUUCACAAAGCCAAGGGGCUUGGACCUAUCAUUACCUCCACUGCAUAGGAUCGAGGACAUCUUUGCCGACAUUACAGAGAAAGCAAUCACGGAGGGCUAUCAGAAGGCUGUUGAUGACCUGCAGGUUCGUAAGCGGCCAUUCAGAGUAGCCACUAUGUGCUCUGGUACCGAAUCGCCACUACUCGCCCUUAGAAUGAUACAGAAGUGCCUUGCCGCGACCGGUCGCAAGGUAGAUGAAACAAUGAUCGAGCAUGUGUUUUCUGCAGAGAUCGUGCCGUACAAACAAGCCUAUAUCGAGCGCAACUUCGCGCCUAACAUCAUCUUUCGUGACAUUACAGAGCUAACGACUGCACUCGAGCACCCAGAGCCAGUCGCAACCACUGUUUAUGGUGCCAAAGUUCCUGUGCCGAAGGACAUCGAUUUCGUCAUAGCCGGUACCUCGUGUGUCGAUUUCUCGAGGUUGAAUAACCACCAGAAAGGCCUGGAUGGCGGGGAAUCCGGUGAUACAUGGAAUGCAGUGUUGGCCUUUUGCCGUGUUUUCCAACCAGCAAUUGUCCUGCUGGAGAAUGUGAAGGGCGCUCAAUGGAAUGUAAUGCUCGGCGACUAUGAGGAAAUUGGGUAUGAGUCGAUUGGUGCUUAUGUCAACUCGAAGGACUACUACCUACCGCAAACCCGCCAACGAGGAUACAUGGCUUGCUUCAAUCAGUCUUUGAUGGCAGCGGGAGGGAAGACAUCAGAAGUUGGCGCCCGAUGGUUACAUUUGAUGGCCAAAUUUCAGAGGUUCGCCAGCGCACCAGCAUCAUCGUUUCUGCAAUCAUCAAGCGAAGGCGAAGUGAUCCUCGAUGAACCCAACACAAAGGAGGUCGACUGGGAAAAGUGUGCUGUGAGACAAAUGGCCUAUCGCCAGGACAUGAAACUUGGAAAUGCGCGACCGAUAACACAUUGGCAGGAGAGCAACACAAUGUUGCCACCAGAAAACAGCUCGCGGGCCUGGUUCAAGCGGCAAGUGCAGCGCGUCCUUGACACAAUUGAUUGUGCGCACAUUCGCAAUGCGUUACCCGACAACGGUGCUUACGAUUCGCAUUUCAAGACUCGUAUCUGGGACCUUUCACAGAAUGUCGACCGCGAGAAGGACUCGCGUCAAUUCGGGAUCGUUGGAUGCAUCACUCCAAGCGGCAUAUUUUUCGUGUCGGACGCUGGUCGCGCGCUCACGGCCGAAGAGCUUCUCAGUCUGCAAGGGAUCCCACUCGACGAGAUUAGCUUUACGACAGAGUCACCGAAAGAAAUCCAGGAUCUUGCAGGGAAUGCGAUGAGCACUCCUGUCGUAGGCUGCGCCAUCGCGGCAGCGCUUAUUGCAGCAUCAGGAACAGGACUUCUCGGUGAUUAUCGAACAGAUGAGGAGUGUGUUGCUUCAUCCACAAAUGUAACAAGGAAAGCGAAGAUCGUUAUCAACAAAGCUGAAGCACAGUCAUUCAAAUCAAGCGAGGCGGAGUUUGACCUGAAUCGUAUCUUGUGCGGCGCCGCGGAGGCAUCUCGAAUGUGCUACUGUGAAGGCGCGAAGGGCACUGCAAAGUCAUCAAUUCAGAAGUGUGCUGAUUGCGACCACACUACGUGUACUGCUUGUGGUGGCAAUCCUAUGCACAAUUAUCAAGCUCACAGCUUUGUUCCAAGAAAAUCUGCGACGCAGUUCGAAGAUGAGCUAAGAGCUCUCUUGCCGUUACGAUUGAAGUUCAAGCCCGAGAAAGUGGUUGAUAGCCUUCGACCCCAUCACGAGCAGGCAUACCUUAACAUUGUCUCUGCGGCACUCGUGAAUGAUUUCUGGUUCGAUUCCGUGCAACGUACGUAUUGCUGGAAAGCGACUUACGUGAACAGAGACAGUCGUCUUGACUUUGUCAUUGAUGGUCAGCAAGCGGAGUGGUGGCUAUACGUCAAUGCGCCGGUCAAUUUGUCAAGCAAGGACAAGUUACGCAAAUGGUUCGACCUCCCGAUCGCAAGAUCGCAGGUGCUGAAUUCCCCACUUGGAGACGAUUGGCAAUGGCGAUUGCCUAAUCGCACGUCGACCAAAGCGACGGUCACUUCAAGCGGCAAACAUGUCUCGUCUUGGUGGAACCGCUUAGGAAUGCCAGAGUUCCAGGGCCAUGACGUGCCCGAUCGGCUGAGUAUCGUGUGCCAGCCGGGACUUCUUGCUGAAGCUGUGAACGGAACUUAUCAAUAUCUACCAAACUGCGGCAAGGCGUCGAACAGCUUGUUCAAGCGCAUCAGCAGCGAGAAUGACGGCGGGGAUGAAAGACCGCUCUUCCUCUUCCUCGACCCAACGAGAGUCGGCGACCCUAUCAAAGACUCAUUCGUAUUUUCUCACAACAUGGCUAGGCUUGACUAUAGCGAGGUCCGUGACGUUGUCGCAAACAUCGAUUAUGCUUGGAGACCCUGGCCGUACAAGCAAUCGGCUGCAUCGGUUGACAUCGGCACCGAUCAUACCUGGGUCAGUUUGGACUGCGGACCAGCUACGCAUGAUGUUCAGCUCGAGAUGAAGCUUUACAAAAGCGACGAUCUCAACAAUCUUCUUCAGAACACGACUUGCACAGAGGCGAUCAUGGUCGGGAGUUGCUCCUUGCCUUACGUUAUUGACGACCAGACUGUCUCACCAGACGACGACAAAUUCUUCGCCUCACAGAAUGGGAUUUUCGAAGCCUUGCGACGCAAUCUGUCCGGAUCUCAAUGGACCCCAUUAUGUUUCGUCGACGGUGUUGAUACUGCCUGUCAGCACGGCUGUGCACCUGACACACCCGAAACGCGAUGGCGACUAAACGCGGACGAAAAGUUGACACCGUAUGAUGACCCUGCAAGUGCAGGAAUCUAUGAGAGGGCUAUCAAGGCAAGAAUUCUUCCAAUCUUUGUCGAGAUUCGCGACUCAACGCUCGGCUUGUGCGUCAAUCCUGCCACGUUAGCCCAUCGAGCGGCCGCAAGAUUGAUCCCCACUGCCGCUGAUGUUCGCUUCCAGUGGCGACUGGUGGUCGAUGCGCAAGAAAUCGGUGGCUACACCACGCGUAAACCUUUCCAGAUUCAAGCGACUACAGGCAUUGCGCCAUUCGCCGGCUCUGUCGGAGCAGUCGAGCUGUUUCCCAAACAACGUCUUGCCCUUGCUUGGAUGAAAGCGCAGGAAGCCGGUACUGAUUUCGUGCUCGAGGAAGUGGCCGACGCCGAAAUUCCGGCCCUCGGCUGGCGAAGUGAGGUUCGAGCCGAAUGCUCGGUGAGAAUCCGUGGCGGUAUUUGUGCUGACCAUCCUGGGUUUGGGAAAACAAUCACCAGCCUUGCGUUGAUUGAGUCACAAUAUAUAGAUGUCGGACGCUUGGCAAUCGAAGCAGACAUCGUCAGCCACCAGCAGGGCACUGCAGCUGGACUGCUGCCUACAGCAGCGACUCUUAUCGUUUCCCCUCCUCAUCUCGUACAGCAGUGGGAGAUGGAGAUCAAAGAAAAGCUUGGCUCCAGCAAGAAUAUCAUAGCGAUCAAGACGGUCAAGGAUUUGGAUAAGUACGCCAUCGCAGACUUCAAACAAGCCAAGAUCAUUGUGGUGAAUCGAAAGCUCUUUGCGAACGAUAGCUAUCUUGCGCGCCUUGCAGCCCUGGCUGCAAUCCCUGCUCCGAUCACGAAUUCUGGCCGGUCGUUUCAAAAGUGGAUGCAAUAUGCCUCUGAGCAGAUACCUAAGCACCUGAGUGUUUUCAAAACACACGGCGCUACGGGUUUGAAGGAGGAGGUUAAGACUCGAUUUCAGGACAACAUUGAUAGCGAAAUCUUCCAGGCUGCGAUCCCGUCGCGUCGUCUGAAAGGCAAGGCCUACGCAGAGCGAGCAAAAGGGAAACCCCAGAAAGCUGUCAGCUCGUACUCCGCCACUAUCGACCCAUCUUCUGUUGGUCGACCGUUGUUCGAGAUGUUUUACUUCAAUCGUCUCAUUGUCGACGAGUUUCACGAAAGCGAUGUCAAAGAAAUGGCCCACAUCGUACGUCUACAAGCCGACAAACGUUGGGGGCUCUCAGCUACACCUGCAAUGGACGAUGCUUACGACGUCGCUCAAAUAGCGAGGCUGCUUGGAAUUAGUCUUCGUACAGGUAGCUCAGCACGCGGCAUCAUGAAGAAGCGGAACCGCGAUGAACUCAAGAAAGACAUGACAGACUUUCAGCUUUUCGAAAUGAUGCGACACUCGCCAUCCGACGUGCAGCAAUCAAGGGUGUACGAGCAUGCGCAAAAAUUUCUGGAUGUUUUCGUCCGCCAGAAUGUCAUGGAUUUCGACAUCCCUUUCAAGGAGUGCCUAGUGCCGGUAGUACUUGACUCUAGCCAUCGUGCACUUUACACGGAACUGUCCCAGCAUCUCAACUCCCUCGAUAUGCAGAUCAAGAAAGUCAAGGUGUCUAAAACUGGCACGCAACUUGAGAGGCAGAAGGCUUUGAUGGAAGAUUUCUCUUUGUCAUCGACGGCUGAAGGCGUUUUGUCCUGCAAGGCAGCAUAUUCAGACGCAACCGGCCUAGCGGAAAUAAUCAAACGUCGGGAGAACGAGGUCAAGACAUUUCUUGACGAAAUUCCUGCAGUGAUGCGCCUCGCACACUCUAAAGAGAAGGGCUACUUCAUCAAAUGGCUUGCCGACAUUCGAGGUGGCUCUUUAGGCGAUGCAGAAGCAACGUCCCAGAUCAUUGAGCUCGCACCAGCUCAAGCCAAAGCCGACAGUAAAGUGACAGCGGUCAAAAGGGGUCAGAAAGCUAACAGCGACGAGAUGGACGACUUAGGCACUGGACGCGUGCAUACAGCGAAACUCAACACCCUUUGCAAGAAUCUUCUGAUUUCAAAACGCUCCGAGCGAUUUGUAUCCAACGUGAAGGUCAUACAGGAGGCGCCGCUGGAGGGUAAAGCACAACUUUGCGACAGCACCGAGUGCCAGCGUCUGCUCGCCAGCAACGAUCGGGCAGUAUCUGCCUUCUGUGGCCAUGUGAUUUGCCGAUCGUGUUUCGGUCACCAGGAGCAAAGCCUGAGCACUGCUUGUCCCGCCAAAGGUUGCUCAAGUUCGCUUUACGAUUACCAUCUUCUAUGGGCACAGAAAAUGGGCGGCGUGGAAACAGCGCGGAAGAAGCAUGGUGGCGCCAAACUCGGUGCAGCUAUGGAUCUCUUGAAGGAAAUUGGAGCAAAAUGCGAGCAGGCCAUCGUUUUCGUACAGUUCUCCAACCAAUUGAGCGAAGUCGAGGCGGCUCUCACUGCCGAAGGCAUUCCGGCAUUAGUCGUCCACUCGGAUUCCGAGUUCCAGAAGAUCGAGGAGUUCAAGACAUCCUCGAGCGACACGGCUGUAGCGUUAGUCCUCAAUACUGCCGACAGAACAGCGUCCGGAUCUAACCUGCAGAACGCGAACCAUGUCAUUUUCCUGAGCCCAUUACUGAAAAGCUCACAAUACGACUAUGCCGCAACGAUGGCACAAGCGAUUGGGAGAGUCCGCCGACAUGGACAGAAGCGGGACGUCCAGGUACAUCGCCUAGUGGCCUUGGAUACGAUCGAUGUUGACAUCUUAGAACAUCGCGAGCGCCGGAUUACAGCACUCGCCGAGCGCGAACAAUCGUUGGAUAAAACGCAAACAACUGGACGAUCGUCCGAUCCAGAGAAGACCCAGCUCAUCCGCGACGACAAGGGACGUUUCAGUCUCCAACCUCGCAGCUGGUUGACAGGCUCGCGCAAUGGACAGGGAGUAUUAACGGCGAACGGCAAAGGCCGAGUACCAGGGUUUGAAGAUUUUAGCAGUCUGGUGAAGUUCUCAGGCGCAUACGCAGAGGGCGAUGAAUAAAAGAGAACUGCCUCCAAAGUUGGAUUGUAUUCCUUGCUUGGAUUCUGUCAAGAACGUUGUUCUUGUCUUUUACUGUUAUACCCACCAUGCAUACAUGGACAUCAUUGUAAUUUUUGGAAUCCCAGACCUGGUUCACGAAGCACGUUUGUUGAGGCGAUUGUACCGCAGUGUAACAUAGUCGGGCUGUGAAAUCGCACUUUCGAGGAGCGCCAAUGGCAUCUUUGAC